AUGCCCGAGUUUAGAUCCCUUAUCUUGUCAUGUAAGCUGCAGGGCAACUGCUUUGGCGAAGGGAAACUUGCAGUGCUAAACAGAACAGGAUAUUAUGCAGCUAAGGUAUGGCUUAUCAGACUUCAACCUCGAAGGGAAGGCGGUCUCAGUUGUGCUUUCCGCACGCGCCCGUCUAGGUCGACGGGUCAGGUCAAACUGGCUGGGUGGUGGAGUGGUUUAUGGUCAACAAUCAAUUCGCCAACCAGCCUACUCGACGACAGGCUCAGCGCAUACGAGUUCGAAUCCCAGCACGAGCACCAAUUAAUCCCAGCAUGA